AUGAGUGUGCCCAUGGGCGAAUCCGCCAUCAGUGGUAUGUUGGAGUCUCUAAGCAGAGACCAGCAACAUGCUGCUAUCAACAAGUUCCUGCAAGGGGAACUUGCAGUCGAACGACAGAAGAUAGCCUUGCUACAGCAGCAAGGCUCUCAUCAGGCGAUGGGCGGGCCGACGCACAUGCGUCAACCCGAAACCGUGAAGUUUGACGUCUCAAUGUAUUAG